AGUGUUCUUUCUUCCUUGGCAACAGAUACAAUUGAGAAGAGAGUGAGGGAGGCUAUUACAGAGUGCACUACCGGCUUACCGCCAUAAUUAGUCUCAAGCUCCUACCAGUCCAGUGAGAGAUAAAUUAGGAUCAUUCAACUUCAGAUUCGAUUGAUCGAUUAUUUGGUGAAAAGAGAAGUGCGAAGACUAAGAAGUGAGAAGUUAGAAAUGGAGGUUGCACCUCUGCAAGGUGGAUCUGAGAGAGGAAAUAAAGCCAACUCUCCAAUCUCCGUCGUCUCCGCCUUCUGGAAAGAUUUUGACUUGGAAAAGGAGAAAUCGAUUUUGGAUGAACAAGGGCUUCGUAUUGCUGAAAACCAGGAAAACAGUCAGAAAAAUAGGCGUAAGCUUGCGGAAAGCACUAGAGAUUUUAAGAAAGCUCCAACUGAGGAGAAAUUGGGUUUGUUUAAUACAUUGCUUAAGGGCUACCAAGAAGAGGUUGAUAAUCUUACAAAGAGAGCAAAGUUUGGAGAAAAUGCUUUCCUUAACAUCUAUCAAAAGAUCUAUGAAGCUCCUGAUCCUUACCCAUCUAUUGCAUCAGUUGCUGAGCAAGAUCUCAAACUGUCUGAGCUAGAAUCUGAGAACCGAAAAAUGAAAGUUGAGCUUGAGGAAUUCAGAACAGAGGCAACUCACUUGAAGAAUCAGCAGGCCACAAUACGAAGGCUUGAAGAGCGAAAUCGGCAAUUGGAGCAGCAGAUGGAAGAGAAAGUAAAAGAAAUUGUGGAGAUCAAGCAACGGAGUCUAGCGGAAGAGAACCAGAAAACAUUAGAAGUUUUAAAAGAAAGGGAACAGUUAUUGCAAGAUCAGCUGCAGAGUGCUAAAGAAAGUGUUUCCAAUAUGCAGAAAAUACAUGAACUUGCCCAAAAUCAGUUGUUUGAACUCCGUGCUCAAUCUGAGGAAGAGAGGGCAGCUAAGCAAUCAGAGGUUAAUCUCCUCAUGGAUGAGGUUGACCGAGCACAAACAAUGCUUUUUAGUUUAGAGAGAGAGAAGGGGGUUCUCCGAUCCCAGUUACAAACAGCAAAUGAAAAUACAGAAAUGAAGACUAGAGAUAAUUUGGACUCAAAUAGUGCACUUGAAAACUCUCUAAUUGCCAAAGAGAAGUUAAUAUCUGAAUUGAACAUGGAGCUACACAAUAUUGAAACAACCUUGUCAAAAGAACGAGAAGAGCACAUGAAUGACAUAAAGAAAUUUACUGCAAUGCUCAACGAAAAGGAAGCUACUCUGGAGGCAAUGAAGAGAGAUCUUCAGGCAAGGCCAACAGAAAAGAUGGUUGAUGAUUUGCGUAAGAAAGUGAAGAUUUUGCAGGCAGUGGGUUAUAAUUCAAUUGAGGCUGAAGACUGGGAAGUGGCAACCAGUGGGGAGGAGAUGAGCAAGAUGGAAUCUCUUCUUCUUGAUAAGAACCGUAAAAUGGAACAUGAGCUAACACAGUUGAAGGUCAAACUUUCAGAGAAAUCAUCUUCACUAGAGACGGCACAAGAGAAGAUAAAAGAAUUUACGGAAAAGAUGAAUGAACAACAAAAACUGAUACAGAAGUUGGAAGAUGAUAUUUCUAAGGGUUAUAGUUCCAAUCCAAAAUAUCAUAAAGGAACUUUCCUCGAUGAUUGGGAUCUAUCAGAGGCUGGACGGGGGGAGGUGUCUGAGAGUUCAGAUCAAAGACAUGUAUCCGUAGACCAAGAUCAGAACUCAAUGCUUAAAGUGAUCUGUAAUCAAAGAGAUCGAUUUAGGGCACGCUUACGAGAGACAGAAGAGGAAAUAAGGCAGUUGAAGGAGAAGAUUGGGGCAUUAACGGUGGAGCUGGAAAAGACGAAAGCAGAUAAUGUCAAAUUAUAUGGGAAGAUUCGUUAUGUUCAUGAUUACAAUACUGAGAAAGUGGUUUCCAGGGGUUCUAAGAAGUAUGCAGAAGACCUUGAAAGUGGUUUCACUUCAGAUGUUGAAUCUAAAUACAGGAAGAUAUACGAGGAUGAUAUAAAUCCCUUUGCUGCAUUCUCAAAAAGAGAAAGGGAUCAAAGAUACAAGGAGCUGGGAUUCAGGGACAGAAUUACACUCAGCAGUGGACGCUUUCUUCUUGGUAACAAGUAUGCCCGGACUUUUGCAUUCUUUUACACCAUUGGAUUGCAUGUAUUAGUCUUCACCUGUCUUUAUCGAAUGUCAGCUUUGAGCUAUCUAAGCCAUGGCUCAGAGGAAUCCCUGAUUGGAGACAAAAACAUUGAUCUUCCACGUGGACACUAAUGGGUAUAGAGUCCAUUCUCGCAGUUCAGUUGUCAGAUGGGAUGAUAACAAAUUGCCAAUAUUCAAAUGGACAUCGAAUAUAUUGUACAUAUAACAGUCAUGUUUUAUUGUAUUACAGCAAUGAAAUAUAGUGGCGGUUGACAACUUUUUAGUGUGAAUUUGGAUCCCGUUUGCAUAAAAUUGAUUUUGU